AUGUUUUUCCACAAGUUCGUUCCCUUCCGCCGGCUAGUGAACGCCAAGAAGGGGGGCGACUUGUUCACCUUUGGGGAAUUCGCGUGGCUGCUGAGACUCAUGAGGGAGCAGCGCCAAGCACGCAUGGAUUCGCACGUUCAGCCUUCCCCUGCUGCCCCUCCUUCACCUACUCCUCCUCUUUCCCCCUCUCCCCCCCCCUUCACCCAUCAGAUGUUUUUCCGCAAGUUCAUUCCCUUCCGCCGGCUAGUGAACGCAAAAAAAGGGAAUGACCUUUUCUCUUUUGGAGAAUUCGCGUGGCUGCUGAGACUCAUGAGGGAGCAGCGCCGUGGCCGCAUGGAGUCGCACGUUCAGCCGCAGAUCGACGCGUGCCGGUUCGACAAGAUCCGAUUUGAUUUCGUCGGGCGGUUUGAGAAUCUAGCGGAGGAUGUGGGGGCGGUGCUGAGGAGGCUGAACCGCACUGUGGGCGAGUCGUACCGCGCUGUGGGGGAGUUGGGGGCGCUUAAGAGCUCGAAAGAUGCGCAUCCGACCAAUGCUGGGAGCAAGCUGCUAGAGCUGUAUGAUGAGGUGAGUGGGACAAUGGUGGUGGGGGCAAUGAUGGUGGAACCAGGUGUGGGAGUGGGUGAGUGUGUGCUGCGGAGGUUGAACCGCACUGUUGGUGAGUCGGGUGCGUUUAAGAUCUCCAAGGAUGCGCAUCCCACUAAUGCUGGGAGCAAGCUGCUAGAGCUGUAUGAUAAGGUGAGUGUGUCAGUGGCAUGGUCAUGUGAGUGA